UCUACCACCUCACCAGGCACGCACAACAAUGACACUGACAGUGAAUGAUGACAAUGAUCAUGACCCAGAGUUUGUCUCUGACUUCUACCGGGCUACUGUCUCUGAAGAUGCAAGUCCUGAUACCUUUGUCAUCCAAGUCACAGCCACUGAUGUUGAUGUUACUGCAGAUCUAAGGUACCAACUUAAUGAUGACAUUGGGUCCAAGUUCACCAUCGACCCACUAGGAGGCAGAAUCAUCACAUCAGGGGUUCUUGACCGGGAAGUGCAGUCAUCAUACGUUCUGACUGUAACCGUACGGGAUGGUCCUUCACGCCAGGCAACCACCAGUGUGCAUGUGGAAGUACUGGAUGUCAAUGAUAACCCUCCGCAGUUUUCUCCCACAUCAUAUACUGCCACGCUACCAGCCACCUCCUCACAAGGUCGCUUUGUUGCAGCCAUCCAGGCAAGUGAUGCCGACCUUCAAGAUAAUGCAGUCAUAACAUACAGCAUUACAAGUGGAGACACCAACAAAUUCCGUGUGGACUCCAACACUGGUGUGGUUUUCACUAAACAGGACUUCACAAAUGAAAACAAUGUCUACAAUCUCCAAGUUACUGCUGAGAAUGUGGCGAGUGGACAGAAUUCUGCAGUGGCUUCACUGCGAGUGGGGUUCAGCACUGCUUCAUUCCCGGUCAUCACUUCCCCAAAUUCUGGUACGAGUUCCAGCUAUAGCGAAAAUGUUCAGACAGGUAUGACCGUCACAACAGUGACUGCAACAGGCAGUGUGACAUACUCCAUCGUUGGCGGCAACCAUGGGGAGCAUUUUGGAGUCGGAAGUCAGAGCGGUGUGGUGAGCAUCAUAAAGAAGUUUGAUUAUGAGGAGAUUCAAUCAUUCUCCUUGUGGAUUGCAGCGACAGAUACAGGCAAUGCACAGCUUUCUGACUUUGUGGAAUUGCAAGUGGCAGUCCUUGAUGUGAAUGAUAAUGCUCCAUUGUUUGACCAAGCUGUCUACUUUGCAAUUGUGGGAGAGGAACAGAGUGGACAGGUUCAGGUAGCCUCGGUGUCAGCAACUGAUGAGGAUAGUCUAAACAAUGGAGAUGUCUCCUACUCAAUCACAUCAGGCGACACAGAUAAUGCUUUUGACAUCAACUCUUCUGGGGUAAUAACCACAACCCAACCCCUGGACAGGGAGAUGGUAGCAUCUUACAUUCUUACCGUCGAAGCUACAGAUGGAGGGAACCCAUCACAAUCAGGCUCUGCUAUCGUGGUUGUGACAGUCACUGACAUCAAUGACAACAGAAUGUCCUUCACCAGGACAUAUGAUGCUACCAUCCCUGAGAAUGCACCCCCUGGCACUCAUGUUGUAACUCUGCAUACCACAGACCCUGAUGAGAACAACCUGAGUCAGUUUUCCAUAGAAGCUGGUGGACAAUCGUCCUUGUUUGCCAUAAACCCAAUAACAGGUGAAAUCACACUAAACAGCUCUCUAGACUUUGAAGACGAAGCUGUUCACUACCUCCUUGUAAAGUCAUUUGAUCCAGAUUCAUCUCAUGAGGUGCAGACACAGGUCACUAUCAACGUAGAAGAUACAAAUGACAACGCUCCUGUAUUUACUGAAAACUUAAUCAAUGCAACCUAUCCAGAGAUCUUCUUUUCCUCAGGCAAUGUCAUUGCCACACUUUCAGCAACAGAUGAAGACAGUGGUGACAAUGGAAAGGUAGACUAUAUCCUCAAGACCAUGACAGAAGAUUUCCGUGUUGAGACCAUCACAGGCAGGGGCUGGAUCUUCCCUGAACACCCUAUUUCAUACAUCACACCCUCACCAGAUGAUACCUCAAAUCCUAAUACUUACACCUUCAGUGUGUUUGCUGUGGAUCGUGGUACACCUGCAUUAUAUGGUGAAGCAGCUGUCAUCAUAACGGUCACACAGGAUAACUCCUACACACCUGUCUUUGAGGCCCCAUCAUACUUCUCACCUGUGACAGCAGACACCACACCAAGUACUCGAGUUCUUCAAGUAGUAGCAGUUGAUGAAGAUACAGGAUCAAAUGCAGCCAUCACUUACUCCAUUUCUGGUGGUAACGGCACAGCAAAGUUUGAUGUAGAGGCAGAUUCUGGUUGGAUUUUUACAAAACAGAUAUCUUUAACUGGAGAUGUGGGAACCACUUACGAGCUUUUAGUGAAGGCUACAGACAAUGGUAACCUUAGAAAGGAAGCUGAAACCUCUGUUACUUUCCUCAUCACUGAUUCAAAUGAUGAUGCUCCUGUCUUCGAUGAUGAUACCUAUCGCUCUUCUAAUGCUGAAGAUGUUGGAGGUUAUGUCACCACUGUCCAUGCUGAAGACAAUGAUGAUGGAAUAAAUGGUGAGAUUAGGUAUUCCAUCAGUGGGGCAGAUGCUUCAUUGUUUAGUAUUGAUGCAGUUUCUGGAAUUGUGAGUCUUGUGGGGAGCUUGGACAGAGAAAAUUCAGUUGAACAUCAAAUUCAAGUCAUUGCAAAGGACCGAGCCAUGUACCCCCAGUCAGCAACAGCUAUGUUGAUCGUCACUGUCACUGAUGUAGAUGACAAUCCACCAAUCUUCCUACCCAGAGUGUACGCUGCUGAUGUCUUUGAAAACUCACCCAGUGCUACACCUGUUGCAACCGUAACAGCAACAGAUGCUGACACAGGUACAAAUGCUGACUUUGAAUAUGUAAUCUCAGGAGGGGAUGGCACAGACUUCUUUACAAUUAAUCCAGAAACAGGACUCAUUCUGACACAAGGAAACCUUGACUUUGAAGCAGGGAAGACCAUGUAUUACCUUACAGUUGCAGCUACUAAUGAACAAGCUACCAUGGUUGACUAUGCUCAUGUAACUGUGACACUGCUAGGGAAGAAUGAAUUUUAUCCUCAGUUCACCCAGCAUCAGUAUGACUUCUAUGUGAAUGAACAUGCUUCUGAUGGUGCUCCUGUAGGUAUUGUUCUUGCAACAGAUGACGACCUUGGAGAUGAUGGCAUUGUGAACUAUCUCUUUAUUGGUGGCAGUAACUCUCAAGGUUUCAAUAUCAAUCCUGAAAGUGGACAAAUUACUGUAGCUUAUGAAAAUGGAAGGCUUGAUCGUGAAGCAGCAGACACAAUAUUGUUGUCAGUCUUGGCCAAAAAUGAGGGACCUAUAACUGGAGCUGACAUUGACGAGGCUGAAGUGAUAGUCCACAUAAAUGAUGGAAAUGACGCUCCCAUCUUCUCUUCAGAACAAUACCAGGCCAGGGUCCUUGAGAGCGAACCACCUGGUACUGAUGUCACUGUAGUUACUGCUGCAGACUAUGAUGUAAUACCAAGCUUCCGUCAAUUUAACUACUCCAUCCUCAGAGGUAAUGAAGGAGAUGCAUUCAAUAUCGAUGCCAGAAGUGGCCGAAUCACAACAGCCAGUCGUCUAGAUCGUGAGACUGUAAGUGUCUAUUUCUUGACGGUUGCAGCCAUUGAUACAGGAAAUCCACCACAGACUGGCACAGCAGUAGUCAGUGUAGAGUUGGAUGAUAUCAAUGACAAUGGCCCAGUGUUCAUUGGAGAUGCGGCAGAAGGAUCUGUGUUUGAGAAUGAACCUUCAAAUGAGCUGGUUAUGAUACUUCAGGCCACAGAUCCUGAUUCCAAUCCUAAUCCAUCUCAGUUCACCUACACACUUCUCGAUUCACCUGACAGUUCGGCAUUUAGGUUGGUUGGAGAGGAGCUACGUACAACCCAGACACUUGACAGGGAAGUCAAAUCUGAUUAUUAUCUCCAAAUUGAAGCCAGUGAUGGAGAGUCUCCAGCAGUGUCUGCAACAUCAACUAUACAUAUUACCAUCACAGAUCGCAAUGACAAUCCAUCAACUCUACGACAGGCUCGCAUAGAAGUAAAGAUGUUUCAGUCUAUGUUCCCUGGUGGUGUCAUUGGCUCUGUCAAGCCAAUAGAUCCAGAUACUGAUGAUACGUUCUUCUGCCAGAUAACAAGUGGAGAUACAUCAAAGUUUUCCAUCCAAUCAAACUGUGACUUACAUUCAGCUGCUCACUCUACAGAAUCAGUAUUAGACCUCUCAGUGUCUGGUAAUGAUGGCUCACAUCAGAGUGUUACAUCUUCCUUCAAUGUUGUGUAUGAAUCAUUUACCAACGAUACACUCACAAAUAGUGUGACCCUUCGCCUUUCAGAUACCAGUGCAGAAGCCUUCCUGGCUGAUUCUUAUGAUCGUUUCAAGACUUCACUUUCUGCCUUUUUAGGCAGCAGAGAAACUCUUAUUGUGCUUAGCAUCACUGAUCAUCCAGAUGUCAAUAAGGUUGAUCUUGUCUUAGCAAUCAAGAAGCAAGGAGGUCAGCAUCUCUUACACGAUGAUCUAGUAAAUCUUCUUGAAGCCAAUGAAGCAACACUUGAGAGUCAAUCAGACAUCAUCAUCGAGACGAUUGAUUACACAGCAUGUGCAGACAGUCCUUGCCUCAACAGCGGGACAUGUAGCCAUGAGACUAACAUCAAUCUAGAGGAACUGAUCACAGAGAGUGACCCAGUCAUCUUUGUUGGUCUUCAGACCAGCCACACCUUCACCUGUGCCUGCCCAGCUGAGUUCAGUGGUCAAAGGUGUGAAAUCCCAACUGACUAUUGUGAGCAUGCAACCUGCAAGAAUGGCGCCACCUGCCAGAAUGCCAUUGGUGGAUACAUCUGCAUCUGCUCUCCUGGAUACAAUGGGGAAGACUGUAAAGUGGAGAUCAAUGAGUGUUCCAGCGAUCCUUGCAUCAAUGGUGAAUGUCAAGACCUUAUCAAUGGUUUUCACUGUGAAUGCACUGCAGGAUACUCUGGAGUCUACUGUGAGAACGGCCCGUGCAGCACUGACCCUUGUGAAAAUGGAGGAUCGUGCGGGGAGUCAGGGAGCAACUACAUUUGCCAUUGUGACAAUAGCCACUGGGGCAAUCGCUGCCAGUAUGACACCAUCGGCUUCCAAGCUGGUUCGUUCAUUUCCCGCCCUGCUCUUCCUUCGACAGGUGCUGUCAUCCUCUUAGAGUUUUCCACCAUCUCGACCAAGGCCCUUCUGUUCUUCAACCAUGACAGCUUCACCAACAACAAUGCCAAGUUUGUGACGCUAGAGAUCCUGAAUGAAAGACUGCAACUGUCAUUCAACUUUGGGUCUGGACUGAACAUGAUCUCUGCGACCAAGCCUGUCAGUGAUGGUGCCUGGCAUAAAGUGGAAGUCAGAAUGGAAGGAACGAGUGUUGUUCUGAACAUCCUUGAUGAAGACUGCCCUCGUUUGUCAGCUGAUGCAUGCAGAGCAUCCCAAGAUACCACAAUAUCACUUGCAUUCGAUAACAACCCCCUCACUGUCGGUGGAGUCUACGACAUCGAAGAACUACUAUCCCGCGCCUCCCAGGUCUCUACGGCAGACUUUGUGGGCUGCAUGAAGAGCAUCGAUGUGAACGGGGAACGACUGAGCAUGAGCAAUGCACAGGAUCAAUCCAAUCUUGUGAAGGGGUGUGUCCGAGAGGGAUGCAGUGAGACUUCAUGCUCAGAUGGGAGUGUCUGCGUGGAUGAAUGGUGGAAGACUUGGUGUGACUGUGAUGAGGAAACAUCAGGAGCAACAUGCACUGAAGACAUGAACUCUGUAUCCUUUGGAGGCGGCGGCCGCGUGGACUACAGGGUGAAAGAGGACUACAAGCGUCAGGCUCUUCUGGAUGAUGCUAAGAACUUGGCCAAGAGGAGGAGGAGGAGGGCUAGUGGAUCAGAAUCACUUAGUCUCUCCUUUAGGACCGGUGUCAAGGAUGGUCUACUGCUUUACGUCAUCUCUGAUGCAGAGUUCACAAACUUACAGCUCACCAAUGGCUCUGUCAUGUACAGCUACGGGACUGGCUCUUCUAGCAGCGGACAAAUCAUCAACAUCCCAUCAUCCUCUCUGACCGAUGGUGCGUGGCACAACAUCACUCUGACAUCAUCAGGUGGACAGGUCACAUUGACUGUUGAUGAUGCUCCAAAGUCAGCCAUGUUUGCCAACCCUCAUCAGUUCACUGGACUGGGAUUGACUGGAAUGGCUCUGGGUGGUACAGAAAUGCCACUUGUGAUCGAUGGCAGGACCAUUGAAGGCUUCACUGGCUGUCUUGAUGGUUUCCAGAUGAACGAUGAAGGGCUCCCUCUAGAUGGUGACUCACAGAGGUUUGAAGCUGUUCCUUCAGCUGGUACCGGUGAUGGAUGCUCCCCUGCAGAUCUCUGUGCCCUCAAUCCAUGCAACCAGGGUGAGCAGUGCAUUCCCUCUGGAACCUACUACUCCUGUGUUCCAGUGACAUGUUCACCUGAUGUGUGUCAAAAUGGUGGUGUCUGCUCUGAUGGCUCGGGAUCUGUCAUCUGUCAGUGUGCUGAUGGAUACAGCGGUGACUACUGUGACAAGGGAACAGGCCCUCGACAAGCAGAUGGACCAGACAUCCUGAAAAUUGUGAUUCCGAUAGUGGUUGUGCUCCUGUUGGUUGUGAUCAUUCUUGCGAUGGUUUACCUCAUCCGCAGGAGAAGAGGAAACAUGAAGCAGAAGCAGGCCCAACAGCAAGCUGGUUUACAGGAUCCUAAGGUCUCAGUCUUGUCCUCGUCCGUGAACCCAGGAUUCCUAGGAGAUACCUUUGAUGAGGCCACGAUGAUAGGACCCGAUGGGAAAGUGAAUGUUUCUGGCUUGAUCCAUCGCCAGACUCCAGAUAUCAUUGAGCAGAACAUGGCCAUGCAGCAAAAUAACAGCAAUCCUUCAAGUAAUUCCCUGAUGAUGGAAAAUGAUACAGGAGAACAUGUCAAUCUUGAAAUGGAAACGCUUCACCCUCGUGGAUUGGAUGGAGCAGAGCACUAUGAUCUAGAAAAUGCGAGUAGUUUAGCCGCAUCAGAUGUAGAUGUUCCUUAUCAUUAUAAGCACUUCCAUGACCAAGGAAAUAGGAAUCGUAGAAAGAAAAAGCAUAGACCGAAUCAGAACCCAAUGCUUGCAAGAAUCCAAGCUUCCCCAGCCAGACUCAGUCCAGUCAGCAUUGGGUCUCAUAAUCAGAUCCCAUUAGGAAAUGACUUAGCACAUAGUACUCCAUUAGAUAAUCACAAUGCCUUAUUAAGACACAGCCCAGGACUGCAUUCAAAUUAUAGUACAAAUCCGACGCUGCGUAUGGGAUCCAUCCCAAGCAGUGGUCGUGCAACUCCUGCUAGAAACAUUAGCAGCCCAGUCAACUCAGAUCGUAGCUUCCAGAGCGAGUUACGCAGUCAAGCCCAUCGCUCGGACGUGAGCAGUCUCCGAAGCGGGGGUAAACCAGCAAGAAUGACAACACCUCUGUCGCAUGAGGGAAAAAGUCAAUCACAUUCAAAGGGAAGGACUAGUAAGAGCCCCUUGGUUGUAGGGUUGACAGCCGAGGAAGUAGCUCAGCUCAACACAGCAAGGCCUGACCUUAUGUCAGGUAGCCAUGCUAGCACUCUGGAAGACCUAUCAUCCAACAGUAGUCAAGUUCAUGGUGGAGAGCGCCCCCACGAUACUCCUGUUGAUCCAUCACGUUUGCUAGAACCUCCUGAUUCCACAUCGGAUGAUACAAAUGACUCUUUUACCUGCUCUGAGAUGGACUCGGAGUACGGCAAACAUGGAGUGUUCAACAGCACAGAGGCUGCAAUACUCGAUAGACUCGCUGAAAUCGAGCAUGCAGAGGACAGCGUGCUCCCUCAUGUGAAUGGCGCCCUCAAGCAGAAACGACUUGAUUCACGCGGAGGCUCGCUAAGCACACUCUUUACCUCAGAGGAUGAGAAUGGACAUUCUAGAAAAGAAAAGACCAAUGGGGAUGUGAGCUUGGAAAGACUCUUAGGAUGGGGACCUAGGUUUGAUAAUCUUGUUGGUGUGUUCAAAGACAUUGCACAACUACAUGAAAACAAUGGCAAAAUUGUCCUCCAAGCCUCUCUCACACAAGAAGAGUUUGUGUAAUGCCUUAUUCCAAAGUUAUUGUUAUAUUGUUGCAAGAUGUUCUAUUUAAUGCCAAGCAAAUACUUUGUCAGUUAUUGUUCAAAUAUAUGUAUUCAUAUAUGUGAUUAUUCAGCACUGUCAUACUUAAAAAAUACAUGAGUACUACAUGUUCAAAUUUGUGCAUUCCUGUUUUAUAUUAUGAAGAGUUUUUGCCAUUCCUUGUAUUCUAAGAUUUUAGUACUCUUUGAUACCAAAUUAGUUAACCUCACCAAAUCAACUUUAAUGUUAAUAUUCAUCAUUCUUGAAUAUGAUAUACCAAUACUUUUGUAUUUAAUCUUUUUAUAGCUAUGUUUUAGAGUUCAGUUUGACACGAGAGGUCUGACUUUUAAAGGUGAUGUUAUGUAAUGUAUUGCACCCCUCAUUCCUAGCUCCACUGUUAAAUGAAAGCAGUUUUUCAGUCAUAGAAUAGAGUGAGACAAAAAGAUGUUAUAUUGCACUUGGCACUUAGUAAAAUUGUCUGUCUAUUCUAUCCUGUUUUAUAUUUGAAAUAUGCCUUGAUGUUUCUUGUUAUUUUCCAAGUAUGAAGAGCUGAAUAGAUCACAAUUUUGCAAGAUUAUAUUUGCAUCUGAACAGAUUUGACAAGUUUGAUGAAUUUGUACUACAUGUAUUGAAGAUGACAAUCUGUUUAUAUAAAGUUAUUUAUAAAUGUCACUUGUUUUAUGUAGUGCUUUUAAUGUAUUUAUUAUGAAGUCAAAAUUUCAUUAGUGCACACUUUUAAUGUAACAUGCCUUGCAAUAGCACUGAUGUAAAAUAUGUAUUAUGUAUUUUGAGGUUUAUGAAAACUUAUUGUUAUGUGUAUUCAUUGACUAAUGAGAUAUUUUUUUAUCAAAUGUUGCACAACAUAUACUUCAUGUGAGGACAGUGUUGAAACAAUAUUCUUUUUCUUUCAUAAUCUGAUUUCAAAUGAAAAUGGAACCCAAAAUUUAUAUACCCUCCAAAUCAGAAGUAUAAAAUCUCAGAGGAAUGUUAGUGAAAAUUUCACAAAAUUUGAGAAGAACUUUUCAAACAGUCAUGAAUACUUGAAAUACCAACUGAAAAGAUGUACAUCUAUGAAGAUCUGAAAUUUGCUCUGUCUUCAUUUCCCUGGAGAGAUGCUUUGAUCGGCUUUAUUUUCUGGUUACCUCUUACACAUAACACUUUGAAAAUCUCAACAGAAACAUUAUAUAAAUCAAUUUCUCUAUUUUAUCUCUGAUGUUGACCAAUAUGUUCUGAUUGCCUUAAGGGAUUUUACAUUUUUUCAUUUCAUUAUUUUUUUUGUUUCUUAUCCCUCAUUUUCUUUAAACUUUCAGUAAAAUACUUCCAAGAUUUUCUUGGCUUACGAUAAAAGUGUCUGAAUUCAUUACUCUUUAAAAACAUCCCAGGUAGUCAGAGCCAAAAUGGACAUUCUUUGUGAGUAUGUAAGUUGGUAUUUUCUCUCAUACAUAAAUGAUGAUAAUCUUUGAAGAUUUCACUCUUACAUAUGCAUAGUAUAUCUCAUGAUAUGAUAGUAAAUAUUUGAAUUCCCCCCCAAAAAUCUACUUAGAUCAGUAUUCUAUCAACAUAAGAAUAAUGUUUAGAUUGCUUUUUAAUAUAUUGCAAACUGGUAGAUAUUUUCAUAGAGUUCAUUCAGAUUUUUAUUUUAUGCUAGCAUACAGCAUAUAUUGCUUCAUGUAUUCUCACAACAAAAUGCCUUUGUCACCUCCACUUAUAUUGCAUAACACUUAUGAUUGUAGAUAAAUUCAUAACAUCAUAUAGUUUUGUUUUAACUUUAUCAAGUUCUUUCCAUUCAUUCACAACAAUGUCUUCAACUUUGCACAUGAAUUGUUAUUUCGUGAAUAUUUGGCCUUUAAAAAUACAUGUUGUACAUGUAAGAUAAUUAUUGCUUAAUUUGUACAAUGUUUUAUCUCUGUUUUAAGUAAAUAUGUGCUAUAUGUCUUACAAUAUAUAUUUUGACCAAAGUACUCUCUCUUUCUGUCUAUCUCCAUCUAAUUCUUCUCCUCUGUCAUAAUUUCUCACAGCAAAUAUACACUACUGCACUGAAAUCUGUUUAAAGUAGCCGUAUUGCAUUAUCUUUUUAUCACAAUUCAAAAAAAAUUGUUAUAUUAUUUACUACUAUAAAAAACAUUUUCACCCAUUCUGUCUACUUAUUUUCAAGAAUGAAGUGUCACUUACUUCUGUCAAAUAUUUAAACACCUGGUUCAAGCACCGAUGUGAAUAAUUAUGUAUGAUAUACUUUGAAGGAAAUAAAGUACUUUAAAUGUGUCACAGUACAAUUUUGAUAAUAUUUGCAGUAAAUGUAAACAUAUUUACAUUGUGGAGGAAGGGAAAUAGGAACUUUGUCAGUAUUCAGAAUUUUAUAAGAGUUUGAGCCUUGUUACUGUUCAAUGAGGUAAUAAAGCAAGUUUCUAUUGUUAAAAUUAAACAAA